GGCUAGUUCUGAAAAAGCCCGCCCAUCUUGGAGUGGCCGCGUUCAUGCAUGGCGAGGAAGAAGGCCGGCAAAGGGAAGAAGCAGCAGCAGCAAGUAGACGCUCCUCCGCAUGUCCAUGAAGACGCGCCCGCAGCAUGCGCCGAGCUCCAGGCCGAGGAGAUGGAGGUGCUCCAGGCCAUCUACGGCGACGAGUACGCGCCGGGAACGUCGAUCAAGGGCUUCAAGGCCUUCUCGAUCCGCAUCGCGAAGAAGGGCGCCGAGUCCUUGACGCUCAGCAGCGGCGGCAUCAAGGGCGAGGCCGGCGUGACCUUGGCCGUCGAGCUCCGCAAGGGCUACCCGCUCACGGAAGGACCGGACCUCUUUCUCGAGGACGCGGACGGCCUCACGGAGAAGGAGGUCGACGAGCUCGAGACAUUAUUGCGCAAGGCGAGCCGCGAGAAGGUCGGUGAAGGCGUCAUGAUCCACGACCUCGUCAUUGCCGCCGAAGAGUACAUCAUUGAGCACGUCAAGGACCAGCGGUCGUUCUUUGAGCAGAUGGUCAAGCGCCAGCAGCAGAUCGCCAAGAAGGAAGCCGAAGAGCAGCGAAUACAGCUCGAGGUCGAGCAGGCCAAAGCGAUGAAGGAAGAACAGCAGCUCCAGAAGAUCAUCCAAGACGAAUACCUCAAGAUGCAAGCUGCGAUCCGCGGCAAGCACCGCGCGCGCGACCGAAAAGAAGGGGACGACGAUGCAUCGUCCUCAUCUGGCUCGGGGUCGUCCUGCGGCUUCUCGGACGAAGAUGACGACUCACUCCCGUCCGACGACGACGGGGACUUUGACGACGCGGUGAGCGCGCGGCUUGCGCACUCGCGGUACUUCUCCGACUUUAAAGAAGACAAGGUCCUCGGCCGGGGCGGUGGCGGCGAAGUGCUUCGGGUGCAGAACCGCCUGGACCGGCAGUGGUACGCCGUCAAGCGCAUCAAGCUGGACGCGAACGACCCGACGAUGAAGAAGAAGAUCUUGCGCGAAGUCAAAACCAUCUCGCGGCUCCAGCACCGGUACAUUGUUCGGUACUUUCAGGCGUGGAUCGAAGGCGACAACGACGCAGCGUCCGGCAACGUCUCACACGACGAAGACGACGACUGGUCUGACGAUUACGAAGACUCGUCCUCGGAUGACGACGACGACGAGGGCAGUGGUCUCCUUGACGAUGAUGACUUUAUCGGCGGCAGCAACAACCGGUCGCGCACGUAUUUAAAGUCGACGGCCACGUCGACCAAAGGCAAGUCGCUCAAGAAGCACAUGUCGUUCUCGGAAGAAGAGAUGAGCGAUGCGCCAUGGGACGACGACCCGACGACGCGGUACGCGGACCAGUGGGAGUGGACGGUCGACGAGCACCGUGAGACGAAGACGCCGCCGGUGCGGAAACCCACCAAGGAGAAGCUGUACAUCCAAAUGGAGUACUGCGGCGGGAAGGCGCUGCGCGAGGUCAUUGACCACAUGUCGCUCUACAAGGACGAGGACAAGGUCUGGACUCUCUUUCGUCAGAUUCUCGAAGCCAUUGUGUACAUUCACAGCCAAGGCGUGAUCCACCGCGACAUCAAGCCGCCAAACAUCUUUUUAGAUGCGGAAGGGACCGUCAAGCUCGGAGACUUUGGUCUUGCGACCAAGCCGCCGAAAGACGAGGUCGAUGAAGAUGGCCCGGACGCCGAUGCGAUGCAGCCGCCGUCGCUCGACGAAGACCAUUUGCGCGAGAUCCCCAUGUACGACUCGUUGCACCAGCCCAUCGAUUCCGACGAUGACGCCGACUCGGUCUCGUCCAAGGUGUCGCUCAACUACGAGAGCAUCAACAUUACGGCGGGUGUCGGCACGGCGUUCUACCGCGCGCCCGAGCAGGAGAAGGAAGGCCAGCGCUACAACCAAAAGGCCGACAUGUUUUCGCUCGGGAUUCUCUUUUUUGAAAUGUGGUCGCCGCCGUUCACGACGCUCAUGGAGCGCGCCGAGGCGCUGAUUGAGCUGCGCGAACGCAACGUGCUCCCGAGUACGUUUGUUGCGCCAUCGAACGUCAAGCAGAUCAUCCACUGGCUGUGCCAGAGCAACCCGACGGCGCGCCCGACGGCCGGCGAGCUCCUCACGAGCAACCUCUUGCCGCCCAAGAUGGAAGUCGAGGAAAAGUACCUCAAGGAGGCGCUUCAGACGCUUGCCAACCCCGAAGGCACGUUCUUUGGCCAGCUCAUGCAAGCGCUCUUCGUGCAAGACCCCGUCGACCACGUCGACUACACGUUUGAUGUGCUGCAGCAACGGAAACCAAAGCCGUCGCUCGUGUACCUCGAGAGCCACUGCCGCGCUGACGUCAAGAAGACGCUCGAAACCAUCUUUGAGCGCCACGGCGCUGUUGAAUUUGUGCCCCCGCUGCUCAUGCCCAAGCGCCUCAGCAGCAACUUGCACGUGAACGCGUGCUGCUAUCUCGACACGGCCGGCGUCUCGGUCGUACUCCCGUUCGACUUGACCGAGCCCCUGGCGCGGUACGUGGCGCGCAACGGCCUCUCGCAGCUCAAGCGCUACCACUGCGGCCGUGUGUACCGCAAGACCAUCGGCGGCGGCCACCCGCGCGAGCUUCUCGAAGCCGACUUUGAUUUGAUCUGGGACGACCGCAGCUUUGCGCGCGUCAUGGAAAUCGAAGUGCUCCACGUUGUCCACGAGGUACUCGAGACGCUCGGCCUGAGUCCGUGGUUUCUCCGCAUCAACGACGCACGGCUCGCACGGGGCAUCCUUGACGCGUGCGAGGUGCCGCACGCGUGCCGACGCGACGUCUACAAGCUCUUGUCGCAAGAAGCGUCGCCGCGCCCGUCGCCCCGUGUGGUCAAGAAGCUCAAGGAGGCGUCCGUGCCCGCCGAAGCAGCGGCGUUCCUACAACCGUUCUUCCAGCUCCCAAAGGAGCCGCUCGCGGCGCUCGAGUCGAUCGAGGUGCUUCUCGACGGCAUGCGGUACCGUGUAAUCCACGAGACGGCCAACUUGAGCAAGCGAGAGCAGAAGCGCGAGAACCAGCUCAAGAAGGCGAUCAAGGAGGCAAAAGAAGGCGCGGGCUUUCUCCGGCAGCUGCUCCAAGGCAUCGAGCUCGAGCUGCCAGCGAUGAAUGUGCACUUUGACCUGGGCUUGAGUCCGCGCCAAGAGCAGUUUUCGUCUGGUCUUGUGUUUCAAGCCGUCCACGAGCACAGCAACCACCCACCCGAGACCGUCGCGGAAGGCGGGCGCUACGAUGCUAUGGUGGCGCGCUAUCGCCUUCCCGCCGCGCGCGUGCAAAUGCCGGCGGUGACUGCGGUCGGCGUCCGCUUCUCGAUCGACCGCAUCGUCACAAGUGUGCUCAACCCGUCGGCAACCAACGGCGCGUGGCGCCAUGCAACGCCCCUCAUCCUUGUGUGUUCCGACAGCCCCAGCGACACGCUCCUCGCGCGCAUGCAAAUCGCAGCCAUGCUCUGGAAAGCCGGCGUCUCGGCCGAGUUUUGGCAUCCGGACCACAAGGACUUGGAGGAGCACUGCGCGGCCCUUGGCGCGCAGUGGAUGGUGAUCGUGCGCAAGCACUUGCUCAAGGAGAAGCGCGUCGUGCGUGUCCGGAACGUCAAGAACCCGGGCGAUGGCGACGUGACGAUGCCCGUCAGUUCGCUCGCGUACUUUUUCGCUGAAAAGAUGGACGCGAUGAGCAACGGGCUGCGCUACCGGAGCGGGAGCUUCUCGGUUGCGGCGUCGCACCAAUUCGCGUCGAGCCACGACGAAGCCAUUGGCGUCAAGGAAAAACCCAUGUCGGUCAAGCUCGAGGUCAAGGUCGUCGAUACGAAGGUGACCAAGGACAAGCAGCGGCAGCGACAGGACGUUAUGAACGUCGAGCGGCAUGUGACCAAGUGGCUGAGCUCGUUCUUGCUGCCGUCGCAGACCAACGAGCCGGCCAAAGUGCUCUCCGUGGACGUGCCGUUUGUCGUUUUGCGCGAGUUUGCGAGCCACUUUAUGGACGACCGAGCGAGCGCGGUCGAGGACGUGGGUGGGAAGCACCCGAAAUACCGCAAGGUCCUCCGCCAGCUAGCCGAAGAGAUUUUGGACCUCGAGCUCAUGGACUAUUGGCGCGGAAAGCGAGAGAAGUACCUCCUCUUGCAUUCGAGCUGCGACGACCGCUACGACAUGAUGUCGAUCACCGAGUCGCGCUCCGGUCAUGGCAACGGCAAGUCGCGACGGGCCCUCGGGACGCCUGGGCGGAGGCUCGAUUAAAGAAUACUUAUACAAUUGCGGUUAGUCUAGUUGCCACCUUCUACGACCGGG